AUGCGUUCAGUCCUCGCAGCAGCAGCCAUCUCCGUGCCCAGCGUUCUCGGACUCGCUUUCGAGCCCGCCCUUCGCUCGCUCGGUCACACGAAGACGGCUGACUUCUUCAAGGCUCACCCUCAAUAUUUGACCCCACUGCUCGCCAAGCCAAAACCUCUCACCUUUGUGUCCCCGUCUGAUGCCGCCUGGGAGAGACUCAUGCCUUCGGUCUGGGGAGACAACGAAUUUAUCGGGGGAGCUUACCUCGCCUACCACAUGAUCACGGACAAGAUCGAUGUUGCCGCCUUGCCAGAAAACGAGCGAGUCACCUACCGUACUGCAGCACAAGCCGUUCCUCGCUUCCCGCUCAACAUUGGCAAGGGCGUUCCGGCCGCUGUGUCGUUCGUCAAGUCAGACAAUGAGUUCCAUGUACUCUACCGCGCUUAUGAUGGCAACGACACCGUCCGAACAACUCCCGCUCUCGUCUCUGACGAAGGCGUCACCGUAUUCUCGGUCGAUUCAUUCUUCGAUGUCCCCAACUCUGAUGUCUUGUCGGUGACAGAGGGCACGCCCCAUGGCGCGGUCGCUUUCGAUCUCAACGAGAUCCUGCAGUACGCUACUCCCAACGCUGACGCCUUGCGCAACAUCAAGAAGCCCGCUGCUGUGACACUCUUCAUGCCCAACAACACGGUAUUCGGACCCAUCCUGAAGAACAAGUCCAUCCCCCCUGCUAGCAUCGCUGCCGCUUUCCGCAACGCCAUGAUCAAGGGCGCUGUCCUCCACUCAUCGCAGUUCGAUAAGAAGAUCGUUGCUACCUCCUCGGGCGGUCAAGUCUUGACCAUCGAGCCCUCGCCUCACGGCACAAUCAUCACAAGCGGCAAAGAAACGUGCAAGCUUGUCUACACCGAUAUCGAGAUGAUCAACGGCAUCGUGCACAUCAUCGACUGCCUGUUCUCCAACACUGCUAUCGAUGAAGCCAAGGCUAAAGCCGACUCUGCCGAUUACCUUGCCUUCACCGAGUCGAGCAAGAACCCCAAGACGGGCAAGAUUGAUGGCACGACGCCCACGCCGUUCGGUGCUGCUCACAAGCGAAGCAACCGCGCCUAA